AUUUAUAUUUUAAAUUUCACUCGUACAGUUGCGAUCCAUUCUUAAAAAUGAAGGGCAGAACGUUAAUAUGCAUAAUAAUUGUAUUGGGUGUAUCGAUGCUGCAGGACGUACGAGGCGGUAAAACUGUCAGCGAUAAGAAAUUGAAAAAAUGGAGUGAGAAAAAUGGAGAUAUACAUAACGAUGGCAUGAAUUUUAAAAAAGUAAAUUUAAAUGAUAACGCUCAACUGAAGGAGCGCGGAAAUGAGUUAGAAGAUUUGCUGGAAGUUAUACAAUAUGUGAUCACCAAUUCAAUUAAUGACAAAGAAUUCCGAAUGUUUUUGAUUAAGCGAUUCUUACACAAUUAUGUUAAACAAGCAUCCAAAUAUUUGAAUACUAUAAAGAAACUGAAGAAAUUAAUGGAUCCAAAAGCAGCUCAAGAAGAUGAUAAAAAGGAUAAGGCAAUGGAAAGUCAAUAAAUAGUAUUAAUAAUUACGAUCUUUAAAGUUGGUUAAAUAAAUAUUUAAAUACAUUGAAUAUAUACUAAAUUUAAUAAAACUUGGCAAUAAAUGGCUUACAAAAACCUAUAUAAUAAUCAAUAUUAUUGUUAAUUUAUCAUUUUUCUCAGAAAUUAGAUUAUUGUUGAUA